GGGCGGGCGCUGAGGGGCCGGCGGCGGCAGCAUGGAGGCCAUCUGGCUGUACCAGUUCCGCCUGAUCGUCAUCGGCGACUCCACCGUGGGCAAGUCCUGCCUCAUCCGCCGCUUCACCGAGGGGCGCUUCGCCCAGAUCUCCGACCCCACCGUGGGCGUGGAUUUCUUCUCCAGGCUGGUGGAGAUCGAGCCUGGCAAGAGGAUCAAGCUGCAGAUCUGGGACACGGCCGGGCAGGAGCGGUUCCGGUCCAUCACCAGAGCCUACUACAGGAACUCGGUGGGAGGCCUCCUCCUCUUUGACAUUACAAACCGCAGGUCCUUCCAGAACGUGCACGAGUGGCUGGAGGAGACCAAGGUGCACGUCCAGCCCUACCAGAUCGUCUUUGUGCUGGUGGGUCACAAGUGUGACCUCGACACGCAGCGCCAGGUGACGCGGCACGAGGCGGAGAAACUGGCGGCCGCCUACGGCAUGAAGUACAUCGAGACCUCGGCUCGGGAUGCCAUUAACGUGGAGAAGGCCUUCACCGACCUGACUCGUGACAUCUACGAGCUGGUGAAACGGGGGGACAUUUCAAUCCAGGAGGGAUGGGAAGGGGUAAAGAGCGGGUUUGUCCCGAACGUAGUGCACUCUUCAGAAGAAGUGGUGAAAUCAGAUAGACGGUGCUUGUGCUGAGCUCCUCUAGAGAGGCCGGUGGUGAUGAACUCUACUAACCAAACGUACUUUGCGAAGUGAACUCGGUGUGACAGAAGGGAGAGCAACGCUCCCGUUGUGAACAGCCUCCCACCUUGCUUUGGACACCAGGACAGACCCUGGGAAGAAAUGUUCUGUUCCAAAUAACCUUUCAGAGCUGGGGGCUACAGACCCGAAGGAGAGCGAGCGAGGGUGCACGUGGAUGUUGUAAGGAGACAGGAAGCAGAAAUGAGGGGGCUGCACAACACAGGAGAGGGUAUACAGAGCUGAAUGGGCCAGUACGUGCCAGGGUACUGCACAUGUUCUCUUUUAAGUAAACCCAUAGCUCCCUGCUGGCUUUUGGAGCCACGGGAUGGAUGCUGACACCAGGCAGACAGACAGAAGGCAGGAGGACGCCUUGGUUUGUGUCAGCUGUUUCUUUCCAGGAAGGUCUAAAGGCAGGACAGAUCAUCUCCUCAUAAGGUCAGUUCCACAGGAGAAGUUUACUGACGUGGUAUGCACACUUCUGAGUUUUCUUUCUUAUGUUCUUGAACCUAGUUCGAUAGCAAAGAAUAUUUUGUGGGAUUUAAAGAGGGAUUUAAUGUGGGAUUUAAUUCAAAUUUAAAUUAUUCCUCCCUUAACAGUGUUCUACUUGCUGUGCUGAACCAAGACUCUUAAGUGGCAACUCUUGCUGCAGUAGGGAUUAUUCAAUGCAAUUUUUACUGACUUACCGCCUGGGUGAGUACCUUGAAAGUAGCCCAAGGUCAGGGCUUUCCAGCAGAAUUAAGUGAUCAAGAGCAUAAAGAGAGAACCACGUCCUCAGGUGUUAUGUUUUAAGGCCGGGGUGUUGCAGCCAGGUGGGACACACUGUUUCUGUUUCUGCCUCAGCACUGUGAUGACCUCACCAGCCAGGUCACAAGGAGGGAGGGAAAAAAAGAAACCCAACAAGAUAGAAAAACUGGAAAAGCUUAACUCAGGUGCAUCAGACAUCCCUAAAGGUGAGAUUUGCUGUUAAAGAAGUUGAAUAGCAUUGAAAGCAACAGCUCCCAUUGGUACUUUCUGCUGUUAAAGUGUCAUUUUCUGUCUUGGCCCCUGUGGAGGAGAACUGGCACUGGGAAGGUGGAACACACAGCAGGAGUGUCUGAGCAGGUGGAAAGGAAAGCCUCAAGACACACUCAAGAGUAAAAUUUGUUUUCCUCCCAUGUUUUAGUUUGACAAAAGAGGCUCCAUCUCAGGUUGGCCAUCAUGGGAUGGAGCCAUGUCACAAGAGCUGUACACAGGUGGAUGUUUUCUGGGAAUGCCAUUAACCACUUAAAAGCUUUGCUUCUGCCAAAUCUUAACCCAGGCUUUUGAAGUGCAGUGGGGUGACUGCAAAUUAGGGAAGUUCAGCCAAUUGAAAGUGAACAAACAGAACUGUAGUGACUUUUUUACUUGUGUUUGAAAGCUUUAUACACCAAACUGCAGUGGGCAGGAGGUGGGGGGGAUUAGGUAAAAGCCACGGGAAGCAGCUAGUGUUUAUUUUAGGCCUCUGAGUAGAGAAAAAAUUUUUGUUCCAGCUUUUUAAUCUGCCUCAUCUACAGAAAUACAGGUUUUGAUUGCUGUUGAGUUCAGACUGUUUCUCCUUCUGAUCCCAUUCUCAGUUUGCAGCAGAACAUGGGCAGGUCUGUAUUAAGAAAAAACCUGUGGUUUCCAUAUUGAAGCUGUAAAAAAAAAAAAAAAAAAACACACCACAAAAAAAACCAACCAAAAAAAGCCCACCCAAACCUGCAGCAAACCCAACCCAACAACCCAAACCCUGAACACUUUUGUUUUUGGUGUUCUAGGAACAAUUUCAGUUCCUGGGCUCUGCAGGGAAGCAGCAGAGCUGCACCUGCUGGGAGGGCACAGGGAGCAAAUGCCAGCAACGGGGGUGGCAGUGGCCUCGUCACUGCUUGAAGAGGCUGUGAAUUUAUCCAACACCUCCUGCCAAAGGCCAGGGAGUGCCAGGCACUUGGUUGAGUGCCCUGAAGAUUAAAAAAAAGGAGGAAAGUACGCCCUUUACAGAAUGUGUUUCUGGGUGAGCCAGGGUGGGCGCAGGGAUGAACUGCAGGGGCAGACAGCAGGGCAGGUUUGCUCACGCCAGCUCAGCUGCAUUUCACAAAGGCAGCGACAGACACUACCAAAGGGUCACUUGCUGUUCCCUGGAAGGAAAUUCCACCAAGCAGCUGCUUCAGCUUUCCAGGGGCCAGCUGGACACUGGGGGUGUCUGGUGAGGACAGCAGCAGCCCCCAGGGCAGAGCCAGGGUGUGACAUGAGGGGCAGUGAGGAGUUGGGUCAGACAUUUUAGCAAUAGUCAAAUUCCGUAAUUCCCUGUGCGAGAGCCUGGCCAGAGAGGAAAGAUCACUUUUCAUGAGACAAACAUUUUAUUUAAUGGGUAUUGGACAUUCCCCUUUACUGCUCCCAGGGAGAAAUUCCAGAGUGAACCUUCAAUUUAAAUACAGAAGUGUUUUAUUCUAAAGAGGAACAGUACAGAAGAAAAUGUACAUGGUCUUAACUACUUAAGAGUUAAUAAAUUGUUAUAUUAAAUUAUAGAGAGAUCAUUAUCUACAUCUUUUUCUAAUUCCUUGCAUUUUCUAGACAGCUUAUUAAAAUAUAGGAAAUGUAGAUUCAUCUGUACAAAAUUUGGAAUGUUUUUUCUAAGAUGAACUUAUUGGAUAUGCUAAGAAUUCUUUUCUAACAACUGGUUUUAAUGCUUUGACUUAGAGGGACUUUGAGAAAUCAGAAGGUGAUACCUCUCACAGGCUAAAGGUCAGGAGCUCUUAUACUCUAGGACAAAAAGAGGAAAAAAAAAAAAAAAAAAGCAAAAGCUAACUUUCUGUGGUCUCUACCACGCAUUAAAAACAAUCUGCAUGUUAGACUGAACUUGCUCAGAACCUCCAGAAUAAAAGCGUCCUUUACACUGUCCUCGCUUUGUUAUGCACUGUAACGAAAUGUGAAAAUAAUGCUGUAUUUAGCUGUCUGUAUGUGACUGAAAAUAUGCUUGUAUUUAGCAAAAUGGUUACUACGUGAUAAUGUGAAAUUCAAAACUUGUAAAGAAA